UCCCCCCAGCUCGACACUGGUCCCCGCUCAGCAUCCACAGGCCGAGACGGAAGCGACUGAACCCGGGACGAUGGACGACGUUCCCCCGCUCGUCCACCUCGCCAUCUCCCUGAAGAUCCAGCCCAACGACGGAGCCGUGUUCUUCAAGGUGGACGGAAGCCGCUUCGGUCAGAGCCGAACCAUCAAGCUGCUCACGGGCUCCAAGUACAAGAUCCAGGUGGAGAUGAAGCCCGGAACCGUGGAGGCCACCAACAUGAACAUUGGAGGCAUCGUCUUCCCUCUGGAGCAGCAGUCGAGGGACGAGGACUCGGUGGUUUAUCACGGAAAGUACGACACGGAGGGCGUCCCGCACACCAAGAGCGGAGACCGGCAGCCUGUCCAAGUCAGCAUCGAGUUCAACAAGGCGGGGACAUUCGAGACAGUCUGGCAGGCAAAGUACUACAACUACUACAAGAGGGAGCACUGCCAGUUCGGGAACAAGUUCAGCAACAUCGAGUACGAGUGCAAGCCCAACGAGACUCGGACCCUCAUGUGGAUCAACAAGGAGACGUUCAACUGAGUCCACCCUGUCCUCCAGCGGACACCAGCCGGGACCGGGGGCGGACCAGCGCUGGGUUCCUACAUCAGCAUCUCAGUAAAAGGACAACUCUGGUUUCUGUUUUGUUUUAUGAUAAAUGGGAGAAAAUAUCUGUAGCAGCCGUCUGAGCUUUUCAAAGUGUUUUUACUUCAAAGCUUCAUUUAGCAGAUUUGUUUUCUGGCAGCUUCACAACUAAAUGAGAACAGUUUGAAAACCAGAGGGACAGACAAGGGAAUGUCCUUCACCUCUAAAUCUGUCUCCACACCUCAGUGAUCAACCUUUAGAGUUUAGUCAUAGUUUUAUUAAACCAUACAUUUAGUCAAAGGAGCUUGUCGGCCAUCUUCUAAAAGCUUUGAAUCACAUUUCAAGUCAGUGUAUCAGCAGCGGAACAGGAGGAGUUCAGUUCAGCUCCAUCACGGGAGUCAGUCGAUGCUAACAUCACCAUAAUAAUCCACUGGCUAAUGUCGGAGCUGCAGAAACUCGUUCAUCAGGUGUGAAGGUUCCUCGGAGCAGAGCAGGUUCUGAUGCUAACUGCUGCUAACUGAUGCUAACUGAUGCUAACUGAUGCUAACUGAUGCUAACCACAGCCCCAUCACGUCACCUGUCCAAUUCACAUGGAGUCAGUUAAUCAGACAUGUAGUUGUAUAGUUCCCCUGCUUCCAGUUGGUGCUAAGCUAGGCUAACCACUAUUGUUGUGUGUGAUAAUAAGACUUGAUCUUCACGUCAGUCUCACAGAAUGAAUGAGUGAAAUCCUCAAAAUGACCCCGUUUCUCCUCUAGUGAAAAAGAAUGGUGAGAACUACCCCUCCAUAACUCAAGUUACCCCAGCGCACGUCGGGACGGACUGAGCACAGCUAGCACGGUGUUAGCUGAAGUCAUACGAUGAGUGGAAGACGUAUUUAACUUUAUUUAUUAACUGUGUCAGUGUGUACAGAACCGACUGGAUAAGUUUCCUUUUAUUAAAUGGAUAAAAACACUAAACGCACAGUUUGAGUUUUUUCCUCUUUUGAAUAUUUAGCUUCAUGUUUCUUCGAUAAUCUCAGAUUCAAAACAACACAGCUAAUGUUAGCAUUCAACUACUUCUUGGCUAACAUUAAAAUUCAACCAACAUUGCUGUUCAACACUGUGACGUGAUACGACAACAAAAGAGUUUCAUUUUAUCGACGCACCUCUGGGACACAUUUAUUAAAAACUGUACUAGUAUUAAAUUUGUGGUCUGAAUGCUAAAAGCUAAUAGCUUCAUGUUACAUAACGUUUCUGAAGCCGAGGGAAAAGACACAAGAGAAUUUGACUUAGUUUUAAAAACAUUAUGUUCAAACAGUUUACAGCAACACAACAGUUUGUUCUACUUUAGCAUCGGAUUCGGCAUUUACAUUACAAUCUUCAUUCCAGUUAGCUAGGAAGUGGUUGAUUGCUAACAUUAGCUAUGAAGUUAGUUGAAUGCUAAUGUUAGCUUGUGGUUGAAUGAACGUGUAGCUGAAGCUUCAUUUCACUUUGUUACGUUUGUGCUGUAACUGCUUUUGUGUUUGUUGGUUUUAUUUUGACGUGUGUGACUUGGUUCAUUUUGCCACAUGAUCAGUGUGUUUGUGUUUCGACGUCUCAGUGCUUGAACUUUGCGGUUGUGUUACGUUAGUGAAGAGUGUAACGUGUCUCGGUGAAUAAACCAGUAACACAACCAA